ACCUAUUUUAUCCAUCUGUUUUCUGGAUAUUGUUUAUUUGCUUUUACUACUUAUAAAGCCUCUGACGAUUUAAAAUUCACUCCUUUUUUUCUCUUGUUCGGUUUCAGAGCACUUUUCGGAACAAAAUGCAUCGUUUUGCUGGUUUGGGAUUGCUGAUGAUGGUGGUUUGCUCAUCCGCCACAAAGUUUACGGAUUGUGGAUCUGCCAAAGGAAAAGUUGCCAGUGUGGAGGUUUCAGGUUGUCCUGAUUCUACACCAACUUGCACUCUGAAAAGAGGUACAACAGCAGCUAUUACUAUCAAUUUCCAAGCCAAUGAGGAUACCAGUAAGGUUACCGCAGUGGUACAUGGUGUCAUCGCUGGAGUACCAAUGCCAUUCCCCGUUCCCCAACCUGAUGGUUGCAAGAGUGGUUUAGCUUGCCCCAUUAAGAGUGGACAGUCUUAUAGCUACAAAAAUGAAAUCAAUGUAAGGAGCUCUUAUCCUCCCAUUCCUGUUACUGUGAAGUACGAGUUGAAGGAUCAAAACAAUGCAGAUCUUGCCUGCGUGUCUAUACCAAGCCAUAUUCAUUAACAUUUUGGAAAAUAUAGUAGGAGUCUGAAAUAGAAAAACUUUUUCCUCCUGGAAUAUGUUGAUUCUUCACGAAUUUAAAAUGUGAACUAUUUCAAAUUUAUUAAGUAUUUGUACAUAAAGCUGUAAUUAGAAGUUGGAAAAUACAGAAUUUUGUCGGAAAACAGAAAA